AUGUGUUUGAAACUGAUUUUAUUUAGUGUUUUAUUAGUUAUAGUAGGUGCAGAGAAAGUGAGAUAUGAUAACUAUGGAUUGUACAAAGUUCAUCCAGAGAAUGAAGAACAUUUGAAAUUUUUGAAGGAUCUGUAUACAAAUGAUGAAGGUUAUGAUUUUUGGACUCCCCCUAGCCUAGUUGGAGAGUUUGUGAACAUUGUAUCUCCCCCUGAAUUGAAGGAAGAAUUAGAACAUUCCUUGAAGAAACGUAGCAUUCGAGCUGAACUUAAGGUGGAGAACAUUCAGGAAGCAUUUGAUGCCCAGAUCAUUAGUCGAAAAAAACGUAAUGCUGACGAUGAAUUGUUUUGGACCAACUAUCAAACUACGGAAAAUAUUUACGCAUGGUUUGAUCGCCUAGAAGCACGAUAUGCAUUUGUUAAAAAGAUCACAAUUGGACAAAGUUACGAGGGUAGAGAUAUUACUGGUAUUAAAAUCGGUCGUAAUGACAGUCGUCGAGCUAUCUUUCUCCACGCUGGUGAAGUUGGUGCUGAUUGGCUAUCUCCUACCGUUGUUACUUACAUUGCUGAUCAGCUGAUACAUAGCGAUGACCGUGAAACAAGAGCAGCUGCUGAAGAAUUCACCUGGUACAUUUUCCCAGUGGCUAAUCCUGAUGGAUUCCAAUUUUCUCAGGAUUCUGUUAGAGGUUGGAUUAAGAACAGAAGGCCCACAAACGCUACCACUACUGGUAUUGACCUAACUAAGAACUGGAAUGCACAAUGGGGAGUUAGCGGUGGAAGCUUCGAUGCUAGGGACGACAACUACAUAGGUCUUGGUCCAUUCUCUGAACCUGAGACAAGGUUCCUCUCAAACUUCAUUCAAACCAUUGGAACUUCCCUCACUGGAUUCUUCUCUUUCCGAGCUUACGGACAGAAGUUGCUCCUUCCUUUUGCCCAUUCAAGUGAUCCGCUGUACAAUUACAAUGAGAUGAUCAUCAUUGCAAGAAGAGCUAUGGGUUCCUUAGCUGUUCGUUAUGAUACGCAAUAUCGUGUUGGUACCUCCAAAAAUAUUCACGAUGGUGCCACAGGUUCCAUUGUCGACUGGGUUAAGCACCGGUUUAACCCAACGCUGGCUGCAACUUAUCUUCUUAGGGACAAUGGAUUCUGGGGAUACACUCUACCACCCAACCAAAUCCUACCCACAGCUGAAGAAACUCUGGACUCUCUUCUAGCUAUAAUCAGAGAAGCGAAGUUCAUUAAUGUUCUUCCUUCAUCUUAA